AUGGACUUACUGGGCUCCAUCAUCGGAAAGAUGGACUCAGGUCCACCUCGGCCGAAGCCAACAGCUGCUCAACUUCGAGCGCGGAAAAUGCAAGAGGCACAACAAAAAGAGGAGGAAAAGCGCCGCGAACACUACUCAAACAAGAUCAGGCGCAAAAUGGAGACCAUCAGAAAGUACGUGGACGAGGAGCAAAAACGACUAGCGGAAAGCGAGGACCCCGAGGUUUGUGAGCGCAUCGAACCGCUGAUCAAGUACAACUUUCAUCCUAUGGAUGCAGUGUGGCGCAAGAUUGUCGCAGACAUUGCAGAGGAAUUCGACCUCGUUGCUGUCGCUCUGGGUCCACGAGAUGCAAGAUACAACUGUAUCUGCAACAGACAUCCCACAAACGUUGAGCUACGAGACAUGAAAGGAAUAGCCGCCAACUGUCAACAGCCAGCUGACAACAAGAAGGCUAAUUCAGAGUCCAUAUCUCUUAGUCAAGAAAUCAGCUUGUAUGCUCAAGAACGCGAAAAAGACGCAGCUAUCGAGAAUUCGGAGGAGCCUCCAGGUUGGUCUUCAUCGUCGGAGAGCUCUCAAAGUCAAAGUAGCUCGGGAAGUCAUUUUUCAAGCAGUGGCUUACAAAGUUCAAGUCGAUCCUCUCAGUCAACGCAAGAGCUUCCAGAUCAAGAGAGUAGCCCAAGGAAAAUUGGGCACACGGCGAAAUCGCGAAUCAAACCUGGUGCAAAAUUCUCAUCUUAUUCGGCUAAAAUCUCAAACAUUGUUGGAAGGGAUCUGGAGGCAAAGAAGAUUGCCUCCGAAGGGAGGUCUUUUGGUCUCGUCUCAGCCUCAUUGAAACGCGACCACCGCACGAUCGAGGAAACCCAACGCGAAAUGAUGCGGAUCAAGAAGUCUAAAAACUAA